AUGUCGAUCGUCCAGCCAGAGGCUGGCAUCUUCUACGGCGUCUGCUGGGUUGUAGUCAUCAUUCGGCUUCUGUCGAGAAGACUGCACCUUAAAUCAUGGAAACGCCUGCAGCUCGACGAUUACUUGAUCCUCUUAGCCAUGGCUACGGACACCGUCCUUAUGGCCAUUACGACUCUAAUAGUCAAGACUAGCAGCAACCUUAUUCCUCCUGAGGAUGACGUUUCACAAUAUUCGCAAGAAGAAAUCCGGAACCGCAUCUAUGGUUCUAAGCUCGUCUUGGUCGUGGAACAGAUGCAACUAUCUACCAUUUGGCUGAUCAAGGCGUGUCUACUCAUAAUGUACAAUCGCAUGACCGUUGUUUUGCCUCAGCACAAGAUUGUCGUAGCAACAUCCAUCUAUGUCGCUGUUUCGUUUGUCGUCAUGGAGCUUUUAUACUUCGCAGUCUGGUGUCGACCCUUCGAUCAAUACUGGGCAGUACCUACCAAUUCGAGCCAAUGCUCCGCCGCAACGAAUCAUCUCAUCAUCAAUGCAUGUUUCAACAUCACCAGCGACCUGAUCAUCCUUAGCAUACCCUUGCCCCUCCUGUUCAAAGUACGGCUACCGAUGAAAAAUAAGAUCAUUCUCUUUGUCAUUUUUCUCAUCGGUGCAUUUACAAUUGUUGCUGCUGUCCUGAACAAGUAUUAUUCUUUUACGCAUCCGUUCGGGACGGAGUGGACAAUCUGGUAUCUGAGAGAGUCGUAUACAGCCAUACUUUGCGCAAAUCUGCCACUGACCUACCCUCUUAUCCAACGCGUCUUCGGCCUGAGGAACUGGAGCUCCCAGACAUAUGAUAUCGAUAACCGAUAUGGAUCGGGAGCACAACCACAGCCAGCAGCGCACAGAUACUGGGCAGAACCGAGGAUUCAGCCCAUACCCAAGGGUUUCCGCGACAUUUUCAGGCGCACAGAAAGCCAAGAAGACAUCAAUGGGGGAUUGGGCAAGCAAAAAGAAGAAGAUGAUGAUGGGCCGAGCUUCAUUACGAGCGCGAUUGAGAUGGAUGAUUCGAGGUCGCCGCAUGUCUCAAGCUUGGAUGGUCCUACAAGUCGGCCGAGUGUCGAAAACAGCAAUCAGCGACCUGAUCCAUAUCGUGUGGUCUGA